UUGCUUGGUUAGUUAUCAGUACAGAAAACGACAAUCCAAAGAGCACAGAUUGAGUUCAAGCUUUUUUUUAAUUUAAAAUUUGAUUCUUAAACUAAAAGUCAAAAUGCGUUCUCUCCUUGUUUUGGGUUUAAUUGUUGCCACUUUCACGGUCUACACCUCAGCACAACCAUAUCAGCUAGAAUACGAAGAAGAUGGUCCUGAAUACGCACUGGAACUCCCUAUUGAAGAAGAAGAACUUCCUAGUCAGGUAGUGGAGCAGCAUUAUCGGGCAAAACGUGCAACCUGUGACCUCUUGAGCCCCUUCGGCGUGGGUCAUGCCGCCUGCGCAGUUCAUUGUAUUGCCAUGGGACGACGCGGAGGAUGGUGCGAUGACCGAGCCGUUUGUAAUUGCAGACGUUAAUCUAAAGUGCUUAUAUUACUUAUAGAGCUCCAAUUUUUUAUUUAUUUACCAAAUUUUUGUUAAUUUAUCAAUUGUUAAUUGUUGUUAUAAAUAAAAAUUUCUAAAUUCGGGAAAA